GCUGACGUACCGGAUGUGACGUAGUACUUAGCCCAUUCACUCUAAGUUUCAAGGUCUCGAAUCAGUCACACAGCUUCAACACACCACGAGGAAAGGCCAUUAUCGAAGGCUUGAUGGAUCAGGCAAGGACAACAAUAACAAAAAUUUUCAAUGGGACAGAAGGUUCCUAUACGCGCUUCCUGACCCAAAACAUGGAGGAAGACUCGAGCCAUGUGGAGAUGAAGCUGUCGUCUGAUACGGACGAGGAGGUCGGAGGGAACGGAGUGGCGGAUCACGCCAAACAAAAUCGCGCUCGUCCGUCCCACAUCAGCAGAUCUGGCCUGUGCAAUUCCAGAAACAUCUGCAUAGCGACAACUGUGGCUAUUCUCGCCAGCUUCCUGAUCGGACUUUUGAUUGGCUCUAGUGUGUAUAAAAAGACCACCGGAGAGGCUUCAACAUCCUGCAUGAUUUCCAGUUCUUCUGCCGCUUCCACCGAUGACGAGACGAUUCCGAUAGAAGUGGUUCCUUCUCUUGACUGGAGCGACAUCACGACUUUGUUCAAACGCAGACUGACCACGAGCGACAUUGACAAGAGCCUCAGGGAAUUCUCCCGCGAAGAUCAUCAAGCAGGAUCCGCCGGAGAUGAGAUCCUUGCCAGUAAAGUGCUGAAAAAAUUCAAGGGAUAUGGCAUGGAGCCCUGGCUUGAUACACACUUUGUAAAGGUCCAGGGUCUUCCUAAAAGUGGCACUAACAAAGUGACGUUCGGUAAUGUGACGUAUUCCGAACCCGGCUAUUUGUCCUACAGUGCAACCGAAAGAGCGCAGGGUGCAGUUUUGUAUGUACAUUACGGACGAGACGAGGACUUGAGACAUCUGCAAGACCUUAGUAUCGACAUGAGCGGCAGGGUCCUCCUGGUCCGAGCUGGAAAAAUUAGUUAUGCUGAAAAGGUUGCUAAUGCUGUCAAGGUGAACGCCAGCGCCGUGCUGAUCUACCCCGACCCUGCUGACUACCAGCUCAGCGACAACACUCCCUUAUUUGGACACGUCCAUCUUGGCUCCGGUGAUCCAUACACUCCAGGUUUCCCAUCUUUCAACCACACCCAGUUUCCUCCAUCCAAAUCCUCAGGCCUGCCGAGCAUCCCCGCCCAGACCAUCAGAGCCAGUACAGCUGCAGCCAUCAUGAAGGGUAUGGGAGGUCGCAGUCCCCCUCGUGGAUGGGCUGAUGGAGGUCUGCAAGAGUACAAGCUCGGUGAUUAUAAUGACAUCAUCUCCCUGGAGAUGAACAACGUUCUGACAGAGAUACAAAUCCAUAACGUGUUUGGAGUCAUUAAGGGUUUGAUCGAUCCUGAUCGGUACGUGGUGAUCGGAGCUCAGAGAGAUGCCUGGGGUCCUGGAUUUGUGACCUCUACAGUUGGUACGAGCUUGCUGCUCGAGUUAGCCAGAGUUCUUACCCGCAUGAUACACGAAGAUGGAUUCAAACCCAGGAGGAGCAUCGUGUUUGCCAGUUGGAGCGCUGGAGAAUACGGGGCUGUUGGUGCCACCGAGUGGCUGGAGGGUUAUUUGCCUUCUUUGAGCAUGAAAGCCUUCUCCUACAUCAGCCUGGACCGAGUCGUCACAGGUUCGUCUUUGUUUAAAGCCAGUUCGAGCCCUCUGUUGACUGACCUGAUCCAGAGUACUUUAAAAGAAGUGUCUUCACCCACUGACUCCAGCAGGAGUUUAUACGCUCAAGUGGCUGGAGCUAACUGGGAGGCGGCCGUGAUGGAGCCGAUGAAGAUGGACGACGCUGCCUAUCCGUUCCUGGCCUUCUCCGGUAUCCCGUCGGUCUCGUUCCGAUUCACUCAGCAGGAUAACCAAUACCCAUUCUUGGGCACAUUGCUGGAUACCAGGGAGAAUCUGGAGAGAAAAACAUCGAACCCACUCGCUCUGAUCAAGGCUGUAGGAGAGGUGGCGGGUCAGAUGGCUCUGCGGCUGGUCCACGAUCAUCUGCUGAGACUGAACACGGAAAAGUACCUCAAGCUCAUGUACGUGCAAGUGAACAAAAUCAAUAAGGAAGUGAUGAUUCUGCAGAGGAAUAAACGUCUUCCAAAUACCCUGCAGAUGAAGUGGUUCAUGUCCGCCAUAGGUUCCUACGGUCGUGCCGCCAGAAGUCUCGUCAACACCAUCCAGAACAGCGACCUCGAUGACCUGGAGCAGUGCCGCAUCAUCAACGACCGAAUCAUGGGGGUGGAAAGAGAUCUGCUGUCUCCUUACGCGUCUCCGCAGAACACACCGUUCAGGCACAUCAUGUUCGGCUCUGGAUCUUGCACUCUGGAAGACGUGCUCACACAACUGGUGGCGAUCAAAGAAGGAUCGGCCAAUGCCGACAUCGACCUGCUGAAAAACCAGUUCGCUCUGACCACCUGGACCAUCCAGAGCUGUGCCAACGCACUCGCAGGCAACGUCUGGGACCUGGACAAUGAUCUUUAGGUGAAAUUCUGCUCCGAUGUUAAAGAAGCUUCCGAUUUAAACCUCUAGUCCCCUUCACGUAAUGAAUUGCACUCCACCGGUCUGUUAAAAAGCCUUAAAGUGACGCUGAGCUAUAUUUCAACCUCGGAGGAAAAACAAGCGCUUGUCCCAUUCUUUCAUCCAUUCCUGUGUAGACAUGCGAACAGGGCAAGGAAACAUCAGCAAAUGUUACUGUAAAUGGUAGAAAAACAUCAGGUUGAAAUAUAGAACAGCGUCAUAAGAUAAAUAUUCUUAAAAAAAAGAAAAGGAGCCAUAAGAAAAAAAAAUUUAUGUCUAAAGACAAACCUGGUGCUUGAUGAACAUGUAGUUCUGAUUUGUUAAAUAUUACCUCACAAUAUUUCCUAUUUUCCUGAACGAAUACAACAGAGAAAAAAAGGUCAAGCCACAAAUGUUUAGCUCAAUAUAUACAUAUAUAUGUAUAGUUUACAGAAAAUUCAGAACGUUUUCCUGACUUGAUUUUGUUCAGAAACCUUUGAAUUUCAAAGCUGGCGUUUAGUUCACAAAGAAAACCCAGAGCAUCAAGCCUCAAAGUAUUCAGCAGUUCCAGGUCGUUCCUUCCUGUCCUGGAAUCGUGUGUUGGGGGGGAAAAAAAAAAAAAAAUCCAAAGCUGUUACAGGAUGAGCUGAACGCCGGCUCCGGGAUGUGGCACUGAGAUCUUUAUUUAUAUUUAUUUAUUUAUCAGUGACAGGGUUCACUAUAAAUAGCAUUUUGUACCACUUUUUUAAAGAAAAUGUAUAAUUAUCGGAAGCAGUGCCUUCCAUAAUUAUGACAGUUAUACUGUCAAAAUGACAAAAGCAGCAUCUGCUACUACGAAUGUAAGCUCGUUUCCGGAAAAAAAAACAACACACAAACAAACAAAAGUCGCGACCAGGGGCCGUCACAUUGUAUGGUUCAGUGCUGAGUCACACACUCGAAUGUUGUCAUUAUAGCCAAUGAUUAUAAUGACACCAGUAACGCACACACCUACACACACGCAAUCUGACUCGUCUCCGGUCUCUUUAUUAUUUUUUUAUUUUAUUUUUUUUUUGACCAUUAUCGGGAGCAGCGUCUUCCAUAAUGUGAGAAGUUGAUGGUAGUUUUUGCCUACCAGCGUGUUGAUAUCGAGAGCAGGGCCUCUCAUAUUUCACUGUAUGGUGGAUGUUAAUUAUCGGGAACAGUGUUUCUCAUAAUGUUGUACAUAUUCACUGCAUGAACAGUGCAGUCAGCUUGCUUAAAAAAAACAAAUCUCCCAUGUGUGUCUGAUGCUUUCUUUACUUUCUUUCUUUCUUUUUUUUGGUAUAAAAAUCAUGUGAAUGGAAAGCAGUAACAAAUCGGAUCAAAGUAAAAAAAAAAAAAAAAAAUUCAGUCUAAAUCAUGUAUGAUGGGCAUUUGUAUGAUUCUUUAAAAUGUGUGUAUAUAUAUAUGCUUUUCUUCUUUUUUUGUUUCUCGAGUGUGAUUUUAUUUUUCUCUCUUUUUCUUCGUUUGUUCCUUAUGAUCUGAUGAACUUAAUUUUCUUUCCUGGAAUUUUUUAUUUUUUUUUCCCCUCCUACAUAUUCAGUGGUACAUAUUACAAUCUGUUCAGAAUAAUUUUUCUCUCAAACAAGUGAUGCAAACUGAAUUAAAGCUGUUAUUUCACACAACAAAAAUAGUUACGCUGCAGCUGAACAUUUUUCAUUUCAGCCGAAUCUUAAAAAGAUGAACCGCAAGAUCUUUUUUCUUGAGAUAAAACCUAGUCGCUUUCGCUCAAGCACUUUCCCCAAACUGUCAACCUGUUUGUCUUCAGCAAUGUCAAACUGUUUAAUGCAAUAAAUAUGUACACCUUA